AUGGAUGCAAGCCUAUGGAUGGCAUUCAACAAUGUGAAUGGACUUAGCAUUAAUGGAUCCAGUACUAUUGAUGGACGGGGUUCUGACUGGUCUCCAGAGAACAGCCCAAACACUGAUGGCAUCCACAUCCAAUCAGUCGAUAAUAUGUUAAUCCAGCGUACAGACAUUGGCGCUGCUGACUUUGAUUUUUUAUGCCAAACAGGAGAUGACUGUAUUUCCAUAGGAGAUUACACUUCCAAUAUUAAUGUCAAGGAUAUUAUAUGUGGUCCUGGUCAUGGUAUAAGUAUUGGAAGCUUGGGAAAGGGAGGCACUUCAUCCAAAGGACUCUUCACCGUUUUCUUGAUUUUGGGCAUGGCUUCGUUUGGAUUGAGUGGUAGAUUCGAUGUCAUGAAGUCAAGUACUUUCAAUGUGGAAGACUUUGGAGCCGUCGGCGACGGCAAAACAGAUGAUUCGCAAGCUUUUAUGAGAGCGUGGGAAGCGGUGUGCGGAGACAACUCAGGUAUUAAUCACACGAUUCACACUCUUGUUACACCUGCCAAGACAUUUUUGUUGAAGCCUGUGGAAUUCAACGGACCCUGCAAAGCCACUGAAAUUGAAGUUCAGGUAACGUAA